UUUUUCUAGCAUUAUAUUUUGAUUUAGCUCACGCCCAUUAUUUUUACUUUAGCUAAAAUAGGAAGUGGGCAUCAAGUCACUUCACUUGCACAAUGACGGUCGUCAACACACUCUUAUUUCUUUCCCUUUUCUCUCCCAAUGGUACACCGUACAUAUAUAUAUACGCUUCUGCGUCCCUCGCCGCUCAAACAACUUUCUCUCUCCUCUACAUACCCAAUCGUCCUUCUCUCUCUAAAAAUUUCCUUUUCUUUUCCUUCCAAUUUCCCCUUCUAAAUAUUCUCAUUCAAAUUUUCUCCAUUACCAAUGGGUUCUGCUUCAAUGGAGGACGCCGGAGAAGCCUCUCCGGCACCAGAACCUUCGCCGGCGGCGGCGCCGAUGAGUAGCUCAAAUGCGCCACCACCUUUCUUAAUGAAGACUUACGAUAUGGUGGAUGAUCCGAGUACUGAUAAAAUCGUUUCGUGGAGUUCUACUGAUAAUAGUUUCGUGGUUUGGGAUCCUCCGGAAUUCGCCAGGGAAUUAUUGCCAAUGUAUUUCAAGCACAAUAACUUCUCCAGCUUUGUUCGUCAGUUGAACACUUAUGGCUUUAGAAAGGUUGGUUCAGACCUCUGGAAAUUUUCUAAUGAUGGAUUCAUAAGAGGUCAGAAGCAUCUGCUUAGAAAUAUUAGUAGGCGCAAGCCUGCUCAUGGACAGAGUCAGCAGCAGCAACUUCAUGGUCAGAGUGCGUCGGUUGGGGUUUGUGUGGAGGUUGGAAAGUUUGGUCUUGAAGAAGAGGUUGAGAGGCUGAAAAGGGACAAGAAUGUGCUUAUGCUGGAGCUGGUUAAGCUGAGACAACAUCAGCAGAAUACCGAUAAUCAGAUGCAAACCGUGGUGCAGAGCCUUCAUAUUAUGGAGCAGCGACAGCAACAGAUGAUGUCGUUCCUGGCAAAAGCUGUUAACAGCCCUGGAUUCUUGGCACAGUUUGUACAGCAGCAAAAUGAAAGCAAUAAACACAUGAUAGAACGCAGCAAGAAACGCAGGAUUGGACAAGAUAAUCCUUCAGGUGAUCUUUCUGUUAGCCCUGCUGAUGGACAACUUGUGAAGUACCAACCUGUAAUGAAAGAGGCAGCGAAAGCAAUGCUCAGGCAGAUAACGAAAUUAGAUUCUUCUCCCAGGUUAGAGAGUCUCAGCAACAGUCCUGAAAGUUUACUGAUUGGUGAUGGUUCACCCCAAUGUAAAUCAUUAGACGGUGGAAGUAACAAUCAAAUUUCAGGAGUCACUCUUCAAGAAGUUCCACCCGCUUCUCCCCAGCCAUUUGCCAGUGCAACUUCAGCUGUGGCAGGACAAAGUUCAUUUUCUGCCAACAUUCAAUUUUCAGAAAGCAGUUCACCGGUUGGAGCUCAAGAUCCCCCUGUUUUACUGUCUCCAUCAGAUAUGAUUAUGCCUGAGCCCUCACAGUUCCAAGAAAUUGUGCCUGAAAACAAUAUGGAUAUUAAUGGAUCACAGACGGGCAUUGAUUCUUUCAUGGAUUCCAUAUUGGGGAGAAAUGGAAAAUUGCCAUCAGAAAUUGAUACUUUUUCUCCAGACCUUCAAACCGAGUGGCAGAGUACUUUGAUGGACGAUAUAGGAGAACUUCCUAGUGUGGGUGAUCCCUUCUGGGAAAAGUUUCUUCAAAACCUAUUCCCCACUGAGACAGAGGAGAUGGAUUCGCUUGAAGUAGAAGAUAUUGAGAGUACUGAAACUAAGCCACUAGAAAAUGGACGGGACAAUGUCCAGCACAUGGAAGAUCUUACUGAGCAUGGAGCAACUAACAUCAAACAGUAAAAAAGUAUGAUUGGUCACCAAAGAAAAUGUAUGAGGUAAUCUAGAAAUCUCAUCUCUUAGAGGUCGUUUGGUAGAGCGUAUAAGAAUAUUGCAAAAUUCCCUUCUAGAGGGUGUGGUGAGGUCGGGGCAGAUCAAUCCAUGGUCGUUAAACUCUGCUCUAAUACAGUAUGCAAUAAUAGCUUGCUAAUCAACAGGAUUGAUAUAUUAGGCAUUCGGAUAUCAAAGUUCUCCUGCCAA